AUGAACGAACUCUCAGCUGAUCCAUGCAAUGCUAAUCGUGAUGACCAAUUGAAAGUUGUUAUUUUUGAAUCGACAACAGAACGAGAACGUCAACUUUCUUCUACAGCAUUUGACGGUGACAUGGAGAGAUCCCCAACACGCCAUAUGCCAACCCAACUUAUUCACCCUGCAAAUGGAUCCGAUUCAGAUAGUGACGAGCCUUUGCUCUCUGGCUCGGGUGAUGUUUGUCGCGAAUGUUCUGAGGACAGAUUGGCUGCCUGGAAUGAUAUGAUAGAUCUAUGGAAGCAAACGCCUGAACAAAGACCGUAUGGUCUCAAUUCUCUGAUUCACGACGGAAUACCAGAUGUUUUGCGUGGCGAAGUAUGGCUUCUUCUUGCACGCAUAGGACCAGUUCAAGCAGAUUUGGUGCAAGCCUAUCAAAUGUUGCUGGAAAAAGAGUGCCCAUCAGAAUCUAUCAUCCUUCGUGAUAUCCAUAGAACAUUCCCAGCACAUGAAUAUUUUACAGAAGAAAAUGAUAAGGGAGGACAAAAAGCGCUUUAUAGGAUUAGCAAAGCGUAUUCCCUAUAUGACGAUGAAGUCGGUUACUGUCAAGGACUUUCCUUUCUUGCUGCUGCGCUUCUUUUGCAUAUGCCAGAAGAGCAGGCCUUUUGUGUGCUAGUCCACAUAAUGUUUGAUUACGGGAUGCGUGAAUUAUUCAAAACUGGAUUUGAUGCACUCCAUUUAAGAUUUUACCAGCUUCAAUGUUUGAUAAAGGUUUGUACAUUUUAUGGAAUAAUUUUCCGUUUUUUUGGUUUUGGUUGGUAUGCCUCCCAGUGGUUCCUUACUCUCUUUACAGCAAAAUUUCCCUUACAAAUGGUUUUUUUCAUUGUUGAUUUGUUUCUCGCGGAGGAACUUUUACACUCCGAUUUUGAAGGGAUUCUAAAAUUUUUCCGUGUGAAUUUGCCAAGAAAAUAUCGAACAGAAGUCGCUGCUAGAGAACUCAUACACGCAGCAGUUAAAUUAAAGUAUGAGAAAGAAUGGCAUGAGCUUAAACGACAAGAGAUUGAGUCACAAGAUCCAUUGGAACGUGCACAACGUGAGUCACAAGGAUUAAAGGAACAAAUUCUGCGAUUGGAACGUGAGAAUGAUUAUUUGGCUCGUGAACUAGUUACUUCAAAAAUUUGUUUACAAGAGCGUCUUGAUACGACAACACUCAAUCAAAUGAUAAUAAAAAAUCGCGACUGUGAAGAACUGGCAGAUCGGGAACGAAAACUACGAGAAGAAUCUGAAUUUAUCAAACAAAAAUGUCGUGAUGAGGUUGCUAGGUUAGAAGAAGAAUAUCGUCGAUCUGAAGGUGUUAUUGUUGAAUACAAAAAGAUUUGUACAGAACUUGGUCUUGCCAGUGAUGAGGAUAAGCGACAAUUCCGUAAACUUAAACGCUUCAUAGCGUCCAAAGUUUCUGGCUGCGAUCGUUGUUCAAAUGAACUUGCCGAUUGUCUUGACAUAUCCAGUAACUCUCAAAGACCUAGCAGUUCAUUAUCAACUUAUGAUGGUGAGGGGAGUUCAUUAGGAUCAACCACGGCAACAAACGAUACAUCGGCUAUGCAUAUGAUGGAAUUGGUAGAGAAGUUACAGCAGUACGAGCAACAUAUACGUCAGGUUGAAUUAGAGUUGGCUCAAACAAAGUUAGCGCUUGUCGAAUCACAAUGUCAAAAUCAGGAUUUGGCACAUCAAAUGUCAGUAAGCUCAUUGUUGCAGAAUGGAAGUUAUUCAGUUAAUGAUAAUCGCCCGGCUUGGCUUCGUAAAACAAUAAGCUCAUUGAGGGAAGUUGCUCAAGCGCAUGGAGUUACUGGUUCUGGUUUUAGCAGUGGAAGUGAAGAAAACAAUGUCAAUUUCAACUCAAAAUUUCGACAACACCAACGAUCUUCAAGCAAUGCAUCGACAAUAUCAACAAAUCAUAUAACUAGUAAGUACACUGGAAGUCAAACAGACAGACGAUAACAAGACGAGAAAUUUGGGUACUCACUCAACAAGCAGAUAUUUCAAAGUAUGCUUUCUUUUUUUGGUUCUUUUAUAUUUUAUUUUUAUUUAUACAUAUAACAUUUUUGAUUUAAUUGACCAUCCCUUUCAGCAUAUGGGUUAUUGUGACUUAUAGUUGGGGUUUUUUGGCUGGACUAUUUUGAUUAAUGAUUUAUCAUUCGAAGAGCUCUUUUACUGAGUGGGGAGGAGGUCAAUCCGACAUCCAGGAACCGAGUUAUAAGCCCUUGAAAAUUGAAAAACAGGGGGGGGAGUAAGCCGAUUUUGGGGUCAAAAAUUCGAUCAUACAGAUAAUGACUUGUUUCUCAUUCGAACCACAUAUAAGUCACAACAUUCCGCAUAUUUUCUUUAAGUAAGCUGUUGAGAAAAUAUACGAGAUUUUUAUGCUGGAAUUGAUAAUUUUAUGCGCUUCAAAAUAAUAUUUUUUUCAUGUUGUAAUUUUUUGCUGCAUAAUUUUAACUUUGCUUUUUCCUCAAUCUUAAAAUUGAAUGAAAACCUCAAUAAGUGAAUUAAAAUUUUUAGGUUUGAUUAAAAUUGGUGAAAGGUUUUUAAUCAUUUUAGAUUAAAUUUUAUUGCUCAUCCAAUUUUAUAGCCUAUGAUAAAUUUUUAAUAUUUUUUUAGUUUUGCUUGAGAAAUUUUUUCUUCAAGAUAGGAUAGGAUUUUAGGGAUGGGAUUUCUUGCGCUUCAGUAUUUCUUUGCCCUUCCGUUUUUUCUACUACCUUCCAUCUUCUGUUUUUUUAAUUUGGAAGGGCCCAUCCUUGAUACAUGUUAUAUUUUUGGCGAU